GUUGUUUGCUGGCGGUGGUCGGUGGUUAACACGUUCCUGCAGGAGGCCACCAUGUCUGAGAUUGAAGCAGCAGUAGCAGCAGCCCCUUGCACCGGGGCUGAGGCUGCACAGCCUCAAACCAAGAAGCGUAGGGCUUCAGAGAAUGGCAUUUCCAUAGCAGAUUUGAAAAAUGGGACUGACGAUAAAGCUAGAGUUAUUGAUGAGAGCUACUUUGCAUCGUAUUCAGAUAUAGAACUUCAUCGUACAAUGAUAGAAGAUAGUGUACGCACAAAUGCCUACCAACAAGCAAUAUUUCAAAACAUGGAAAAUGAUGUUCGGGGUAAAGUGGUAGCAGAUGUGGGAUGUGGCACAGGCAUUUUAAGCAUGUUUUGUGCUCAGGCAGGAGCCAAGAAAGUGUAUGCCAUAGAUGCAUCUAAGAUUGCACUUCAUGCUAAACAACUAAUCGAAGCCAAUGGCUACAAAGAUGUUAUUACAGUAUUACAGGGCAAGGCAGAGGAGGUUGAUUUGCCCGAGAAGGUGGACAUAAUCGUGAGUGAAUGGAUGGGAUACAUGAUGCUGUAUGAAACCAUGCUACCCUCUGUCCUCUAUGUCAGAGACAAAUGGCUCAAACCUGGUGGUAAAAUGUAUCCAGAGAGGGCAGUGCUGUACAUGGCACUAGGAGAAGCACAGUGGAUUACCAAGUACGAAGAAGGGACCUAUGACUUUUGGAUUUCCCUUAACCAUGUAUACAACCUCGACAUGUCUCUCUUGGCUGACCAUGCUGUUGCUAGAUACAAAGAUGUUGUUCAUGUGCAUAUGGUGGCUCAGGAAGAUGUGUUGAGCUUGCCAACUCAAGUCUGUGACUUAAACCUCAUGACAGUUACUCCUGAGGAUCUACGAAGCAUUUCUCGGUCUUUCACUUUGUCUAGUAUGGGUUCACGACGACUGAAUAGUAUGGUGUUGUGGUUUGAUGUGUGGUUCCCUGGAGGAUUAAAGCUAUCAACAUCUCCAGAUAAUGAGGAUACUCAUUGGCAGAACACAGUCUUACCACUUGCCACUGCACCUUUACAACAAGAUACACAAGUGAAGGGAGAACUUAGUAUAACACAAGAUCUCACAAAUCAUCGCUUCCUCAAUGUUGACUUAAAAUAUUCAGUGGAUAAAGGUGAAGAGAUCACACGUUGUUUCAAGAUGGAUGAUAAUUGCAAUGAUAAUGACUUCUGAGUCAGGGCCCAUUCUUCCUCACCAACUCUAGUCUACCAUGUAAAAGAAAAGCAGAAACUGAGAGAAGAACUCUUAAUCUGGUCUAAGUGGAAAGUUAACAAAUAUUCUUCCACAAAUCUGGUUCAUUGUGAUGGUGGAGUUGAUGCAAAACUUUUAGAUUGUGAGACAGAUGAAGACUUAGAAUUGCUACAAACAUUAAGUGAAAUACAGAUUUAGUGCUUGUGGUGGUAGUAGAUGUCAUUUCAUAAUUUUAUUAUUCAUAUUUGGUAUUUAGAGGGACAUGCUUGCAUCUGCUCAAGAAAUGUAGAAUGCCAUGAAUAUGGCAAUACCUUAGUGGUAGUAACAUUAAGAUCUCUCUUCCAAAGAAUCAUUAUGUAAGAGUUCUGUGAUUCUUGCCUUUGUUAAGGGUAAGCUUAACUCCUGCAGUGGUCUUUCACUUAGGUACAAGGAUUUUCCUUUUGGAAGAUUUGAAUCUCAACAGUGGACCAUGUUUCAAGUGCAUGUGAUUCUUAUCACAAGGGUAAGUUUCAGUACAAAUCAGUGGUGUAGUAUAAUUGACAUUGCCUUAAACUUGCCUAAAGAAACUUGGUGUAUGUAAGAUAUUUUCUAUGCCAAUUUAUACUACAAACGGCUACAUUGGAUGAAUUUUGUUGCAGUCAGUGCCAUACAUGCCGUCCAUAUGUGAAUACAGUACUGCGUGUAACUGUUUGUUACAUAGGUGUGACUUUAUUGCUAAAUUUUAAAAAUGAAAUAUGUAAUAAUGCAUUCAGACUGGUUUUGUCUGAGUCUCUCUUGAAGCAGUAAAUUGUAAAUAUACAAAUUAUUUUUGUUUUGUUAUUGUAAAACCAAUAAAAGUCUCAUUUUA